AUGGCAUCGCAAGACCAAGCCCAAGACGAAGAGAUGGACGACCCAAUAAACGACGACGAGCUGCUUCUAAUACUCCUACGAAACCUUCGAAACGCAACACAUACAUUCGGCGAAGGCACGCCUCCAACAGAAAGCAUCAGGACAACAAUCGAAGACCACCUCCAAGACAUGAAGCGCAGAGGCGUGACCACGAAUCUCGCGAAAGCGAAAGCCGGAGCCUCGACAAGCCAGGAUACCGAAAAGCCCGAGGACUAUGCCCAGCUCGUGGAUGUAUUUGCCAAGCUUGCAAUUCGUUCGAAGGAACGUUAG